AUGCCAACUCAACUUGAAGAACUUGUAUCCUUUUUGCAUUCUGACCAGCCAGCUGUCAGACAAAUCGCAUUGGACAACCUUGUGGGUUUUUCAACCGGUUCCAAUGCAGCUAUCUUCCGUUAUGAUAACUACAGAUCUAUCAAAGAUCUCAAAAUCCUUGCUAAGGACAAAUCUAAGGUUAUUGUGCAACAGUCGACAACUAUUCUAGCGAACCUUUGUGAUGACGUAACAGCAAGAAAGUUAAUUGUUGACGAUGAAGAAUUCUUGGAAUACCUUUCCUGGAAGAUCUGUGAUUUGAGCAAUGCCAGCGCAGAUAUCAUGUGCAUUCUAUUGUCUAACCUUGCGAAGGAGGACAAAGUUACUAAGGUUUUCUCAUUUGUUAAGAGGGAAGAUGACGGCAUUCCGUUGGAUAAGGAAGUCUUCAAGAGCAAUAAAGUUAUGGAUUGUUUGAUGGACUGUUUUGUUAAAGGAUACGACAGAAAGUUGAAUAAAUAUGCCAACUUUGAUUACCUAGCUUACUUCUUUGCAGACAUAUCUCGUUUCAAGAUGGGUAGGGAAUAUUUCAUUCAAGAACAAGAAUAUGAUAAUGUUAUCCCAAUUAAGAAGCUAUUGGUAUUCACAGAAAAAUACGAUUGUAAAACUAGAAGAGAAGGUGUCGCAUAUACCAUCAAGAAUUCUCUAUUCGAUUCCGAAAAACACGAAGUUCUUUUGAAGAAUGAAGAUAUUAAUCUUUUGCCAUACAUUCUAUUACCAAUUGCAUCCGCAAAGGACUCAGAAAUUGAUGAAGAAGAUUUAUUCAAUCUUCCUGAUGAGCUUCAGUUCUUGCCAGAAGAUAAACAGAGAGAUCCAAUUCCUGAAAUUAUUUGCGUACACCUCGAAAGUAUUUUGCUUCUAUGUACCACAAGGGCUGGGAGAGAAUACUUAAGGUCAAAGUCCGUCUAUCCAUUAAUCAGAGAACUACACAAAAAUGUUGACCAUGAAGACAUUGGGGAAGUGUGCCAUAGAGUAGUUAAUAUGUUGAUGAGAGGUGAACCAGAAAAUGAAGUGAUAGAAGAAAUCGUUUCAAAAUCUGCUGAAGAUGGAGAUGAAUUGGAGGCAGAAGAAGUUGAUGAAGAAUCCGAAGAUGAUGAUGAAGCUAUUGUAGAAGUUUUGUAA